GUUUCGGCAGAAAAACUUUCUCCACCAUCGGUGUAGACCACGUCUGCACCCGGUCGCGGCUAUAGCACCACAGCGAGGUACUAUAAUUUGUGGUAGUACCGCAUUGUAAACGCGUCCGCUUUCAGAGAUCUUCGGUACUUCGCGGGUCUUCGUUGAAAGUGAAACUCGUCGACAGUACCACUUCCCAAAGUACCUUUAAUUAUUUUUUUCCGAAAUCGAGGAAUUUCUAUUUUUUUCGAAAAUUACGUGAAAAAAAAUCGGGUAGUACUCUUUUCGAGUACUUACUAUUUUAAAGGGUUUUACGAAUUUUUCGUGUUUUUUUUUGAUUAUUUAGAAUAGAAAAAUUGGAUUUUUUUGUGGUGAUUUAGGCAGGAAAGGACUUGAGUGAAGUCCUGAGAAACUAUGGGUACUUCUAGAGUUUUAAGGAGUUUCACUAUAUGGGCAACAAGCAUAUUGAUCUUCUCCACUACCACACUGUGUUCCACUAACUUCAACGUAACAUCCUACAUUAACAAUCUUCCUGAAGAUGUCAAGCCUGCAGUGCAAAAAGCAUUCCAUAUGGAGAAAGAAUCCGAAGACAGUACCACCGUAGACACUUGCAAAACUGAAGAUAACUUUAAUUGCCCUCCUAGUAAAUACAGAACCACUUCAGGGGAGUGUAAUAACGUGAGACAUCCCACAUGGGGUACUAGAGGAUCGCCAUUUUUGAGACUGUUACCUCCUACAUACGCUGACGGGAAAUCACUGCCUAGAGAAUCGUUCGAUAGCAUUCCUCUACCGACAUCAGUGGAUGUAGCGAAGGAAAUUCAAAAAAUUCCCGCCAAAGCUCACGAUUCUCUCACUGCCCUCUUGGGAGCGUGGAGCGAACUACUGUUGCACGAUUUAGCGAGUACCGGAAAUCUGAAAAGCAAGGACUGUUGUAAGGGUACUGCCAGGUUUAAUCAGGAGUGUUAUCCGUUGGUUCAAAAAGGUUCUUGUAAGGAGUAUUUGAGGACGCUGCCUUCAAUGGAUAUGGAAAAAUGCAAUUUUGCUUACAGAAACCAAAUGAACUUAGCCUCAGCUUUUCUCGAUGGUUCUGCCAUCUACGGAAACACAGAUUUAACUGUAGAAAACCUGAGAACUUACGAUGCAGGCCUUGUAAAUGUAUCAGCCUGUACUGCCUGUCAGUCCAACGCACUGUACUCCGCCAUUUUGCGAGAGCACAAUCGAAUUGCUCUAGGAUUGGCUCAACUAAACAGACAUUGGACUGACGAUGUCGUUUUCUAUGAGAGCAAAAGAAUCGUAACUGCUGAAAUACAACAUAUCACUUACAACGAGUUCCUACCCACUGUUUUAGGCGAAGAAACUACAUCAAAUUCAGACCUAAAACUCCAAACCCAUGGAAGAUACUCUAAAUAUUCCAGCUCUAAAAGAGCGGGGAUCUAUAACGAAGUUGCUAUGGGUGCUUUACCAGCUUUGCUAUCCAUGCUUCCCAAUAGAUUGCUCAACGAAAGUGCUCAAACAUUUGCCGAAAUGGUCGAUAUCUUGAUCAGUCUUCCUGCACAAACACCCAGCGUCCAUAUGAUGGUACCACUUCGCAAAAACUGGGAUACUUCAGCUUUAUUUAUUCACAUGGGACGAGAUCACGGUAUCUCGGGCUACACGAGCUAUAUUCAGUAUUGUAGUAACACCACCUACAGUCUAAGACCUGGUUUCGAAGAUUUAUCACCCCUGAUUAGUCCUGAAAACAUUCAAAAACUCAAAAAACUCUACGGAAGUCCUGAUAACAUUGAUCUUAUUGUUGGAGCAAUUUUAGAAACUCCUCUUCCUGGAGCUGUCGUAGGACCAACCUUUAACUGUCUUCUAAAAGAACAAUUCUCCUUACUUAAAGAAUCUGACAGAUUUUGGUAUGAAAAUGAUCUACCUCCCAGCUCUCUGACAGCUGACCAAAUCAAACAAAUUAAGAAAGUGAGUUUGGCAGGGCUUCUGUGCGCCAACACGGAUGAUUUGGACAGGAUCCAACCAAAGGCUUUUGUUCAGGAGGAUGUUUUCUUGAAUACUAGGAUCAGUUGUGAGCAGUAUUCACUGCCAGACUUGUCAGAGUGGGUUGAGAUGGACUACAUGGCUGAUUUGAGUGGGGACUUGCUUAUGGAAGCUCUGGCAAAAGCCGAACAGGAAGUUUUGGCCAGGAGAAAAAUGGAAUAUAAAGUUUUUACUGAAAUUGGAGGGGUAGACCCGAAAUCACCUCAAGGAAUAGCAGCGUCGUUUAGCAAAGCUAACACAAACGCCUUAAAAUUAGCAAACACCUCACUAUUAUUUGAGUUUGCCUCAAACGAAAUAGUUAACUCUUUACUGCAUAGAAGAAGAAGACGUCAAUUAUUUGACAGUCAAGCUUUUGCUUCAGUUUUUAGAGACGAUAUCAGUGAAGGACUUCAAAACGUAGAUAUUUCUUCAAUUAUACCACCUCACGUAUUCGAUGUUGAUCUUCAAUGUGAAGAUAGUGGACCUUGUGAUGCUUCCUCUCCUUAUAGAUCUUAUACAGGAUAUUGUAACAACUUGAAACACCCGAAAUAUGGUCAAGGGUUGACCACGUUCAAUAGGUUACUACCCAGCGCGUAUGAUGACGGUAUCUCCAAACCAAGGGUUGUAGGAGCCACUGGAGUGCCUCUACCUAACCCUAGACUCAUUUCCAGGACUAUUCAUCCAGAUAUAAGCAACUUGCACAAAAGGUACUCGCUGAUGGUGAUGCAAUACGCUCAAUUUUUGGAUCAUGAUCUCACAUUCACUCCCAUUCAUAAAGGUUUUGAUGAAUCAAUUCCAAGUUGUAGACCAUGUGACAGUGCUAGAACGGUUCAUCCAGAAUGUGACCCUAUCCCAAUCCCACCAGGCGAUAGCCACUAUCCAGAAUUCAAUAUCACCACAGGAAAACAAAUUUGCUUGCCUUUCAUGAGGUCGUUACCGGGGCAACAGCACCUAGGUCCCAGAGAACAGGUCAAUCAGAACUCAGCCUAUCUUGAUGGCUCUGUGGUUUACGGAUCAAGCCGUUGUGCUUUGUCUAAACUGAAGGGAAAUAAUGGUAAAAUGAACGUCACUGAACGACCAAGAGGCAAAGAUCUACUUCCUAGAGACGAUAAACAGGCUGAAUGUAGGUCAGCUUCUGGGUUGUGCUUUGUAGCUGGUGAUGGCAGAGCUUCGGAACAACCAGGCCUAAUGAUGAUCCAUACUUUUUACAUGAGAGAGCAUAACAGACUCAUGGAAGGAUUACAAAGAGUAAAUCCACACUGGGAUCAUCACCAGGUCUUUGAACAGUCAAGAAAAAUCCUUAUUGCAGGCUUACAACAUACAACCUAUAACGAAUUUCUUCCUAGAAUUUUAGGAUGGAACGCCAUGAACCUUUAUGGUCUGAAGCUUCUUCCUCAAGGAUAUUAUAAGGAAUAUAAUCCCAACUGUAAUCCUGCGAUCUUCACUGAGUUUGCUACAGCUGCUUACAGGAUAGGGCAUUCGCUUUUGCGACCACAUAUCCCCAGGAUGGAUAACAACUACCAAAUUGUCGAGCCUCCAUUGUUGUUGAGGGACUUCUUUUUCAACACUGACUACAUGAUGAACGAAGGUUUAGUAGAUCAGAUGGCCAGAGGGUUGGUUUCAACUCCAAUGGAAACUUUGGACCAGUUCAUAACAGGAGAAGUAACCAACCACUUGUUCGAAGACAAAAAAAUACCGUUUUCCGGAGUAGAUUUGGUGGCAUUGAACAUCAAAAGAGCCAGGGACCAUGGUGUCCCUUCCUACAAUAACUACAGGGCUCUAUGCAACCUAAAAAGAGCAACAUCCUUUGAGGAUUUAGCCAGAGAAAUACCCCUCGAGAUCAUCGAGAGGUUCAAAUCUAUUUACCCUACGGUAGAUGACAUUGACCUCUUCCCAGGAGGUAUGAGCGAGAGACCUCUUAAGGGAGGUAUAGUAGGACCUACUUUCGGUUGUAUCAUAGCAAUUCAGUUCAGGCAAUUAAGGAAAUGUGACAGAUUCUGGUAUGAGAACGAAGAUCCAACUGUAAGGUUUACCGAACAACAGUUAGCUGAGAUUAGGAAGAUUACCUUGGCUAAAGUGUUGUGUGAGAACACUGAUACUCACAGUGAUAUGCAGAGGUCUGUGUUUGAUUUACCUUCAAACUUUUUGAAUCCCAGAGUACCAUGUAAUUCUUUACCAACCAUUGAUUUCAACGCUUGGAGGGAGACCAGUUCAGGACAGGGUUGCAAUAUUGGAGGUAGACAUGUACAAAUUGGAGAAAGUGCCUUCCCUAGUCCCUGUACUAGUUGUAUUUGUACAAUAGAGGGGGCAAAUUGUGCGUCUCUAAAAGUGAACGAUUGUACAAGACUGCUCAGAGAAUGGUCAAAAGACACUAUUCUACAGGACGAAGUCUGCACAGCACAGUGCGGGUUCUUGUUUAAAGGUGGUACCAGGGAUGUACCCUUCGGACUGGUACCGCCUCCACCACUGGCGAGGUCUAUGAGGAACAGGAAUGUGAACAGACCACCGAGAUUCCCUUCUAGUACCAACAUAGAUUUCAGUGGAUUUAAAUUCCCUAAUUUAUCACCAUUUAUCUCAAAAUGAAGUGUAUUGGUAUAAAAGGAUUAUAAAGGAUAUGAUUAAAAAAAACAGUGAUACAAAAAGCCAUAAUAUGUUAACUAUAUGUGAAUGAAACUAGCCCAUGAUCGUAGAGAAAAAAGAAUACUUAAUAAGUUAUUUAAGUAUUUUUUUAAAAAAGUUGUAUAGAAAAUGUGUAUAAGAAAAAUUGGGAAUUAUAAAAAAAUAACACAAAUAAAUAAAAAAAGAAAUUAGGAAGGAUUGUUUUACAAAUAUUUUGACAGUGCCUAAAUAUAAUGUAAGGA